AUGACCACGUCUAGGAAGGUCGUUCAAACUGUACUUGCCGUCGAGACCGAGGAGGGGGCGGGCGCGCUCGUCCGGCGGUCCAUUGGCUCGGCGCAGCUGAGGAACGUCACCCCGUUCCUCAUGCUCGAUCAUUUCCAUGUCUCUAAGGGUGCCGGAUUCCCGGACCACCCGCAUCGUGGUCAGGCCACCGUCACGUACAUGCUUGAGGGGUCAAGCAACCACGAAGACUCUGCUGGACACAAAGGCACCAUUAUGACCGGCGGUGUCCAGUGGAUGUGUGCAGGUAAAGGAAUUAUCCACGCAGAAAUGCCUGUACAAGGCCCUGGCAUCCCGGAGCCUCGUGGCUUGCAGCUCUGGGUCGACCUCCCGAAGCAGUACAAGAUGGUCGAUCCAUCUUAUCAGGAGCUUUCUCCGGAAGGAGUCCCUGAGGCGUUCCCUGAAGGAGAGGACGGGCCUGUGAAGAUUCGUGUGAUUAGCGGCAAGAGCCACGGCGUUGAAUCCCCUGUCCGCCCUCUGGGUGGAUGCUGGUACUUCCAUGUCAUCUUCAAAAAGCCGGGAUCAAUUUUCCAGGAAAUUCCGGAGGGUUGGACGACAUUCCUCUACGGCUGGAGUGGCAAGCUUCGUGUGGGCUCCGAAGAGAAGCCGCAUCAACCGUUCAACACCCUUGUUCUCUCUGCUGCAUCCGGCGAGACAGGUGUUCAACUGACAGCAACCGAGGAGGGGACGGAAUUUGUAUUGGCGAGUGCCGCUGCCGAGCCUCUCGACCAGCCUGUCGUCCAGUACGGCCCGUUCGUAAUGACCUCGCGUGAAGAGAUUCAUAAGACCCUUAUCGACUACCAGUUCGCCAAGAACGGCUUCGAAAAGGCACACACGUGGAAGAGCGAGAUCGGCGGUCGGUAA